AUGCAGUUGAAAUGGGUGAUUAUACUCAUAUCGUUUUGCUUCAGCAUCGUAUUCUCACAAUCAAAUAUUGUUGAAAUCCAAAUUCCUACGAACGCCCCACAGGCUGGCACGAGUUGCACAACGGCAACCUGGCUCUCAUGGUCAGACUGGUCGACUUGCUCAGAUGAGUGCGGAUCAUGCGGUGUUCAAUUGAGAACCCGCACAUGUCUCACAACAGAACCCGGUUGCAGUUGUCAAGGAUCCUCGACUGGUGUUCAGUACUGCAAUCUAAACAUUUGUCGAUAUCCGAGAACGACAUGCUGCAACAAUUUCCGCGUAACAACCUACCAGGGCAAAUUCGCGUGCCUCUCAGCAUCGACAGUAGGCUAA